AUGCCAAAUCCAUUUUUACAAUGGAAUCCUUGGUUUUUACAAACGUCUAUACCAACGCAGAAUAAAUCCAUGACACCUGGAAUGUUUCAAGUACCGCAUGUUGAUUCUUCCAAACAGUGGAAUUCACCGAACAGUGUUGAUAGUGGCCAGAAAAGUGAAUGUUCGUCGACUGAUGGACCACACAUUGAUCCUGUUGGCAUGGAAAUUGGUGAAGCUUCUCCAGUUUCAUCGUCAUCGGAGAAACAUACAAGUCCUGAGGUGCCUCCAAUUGUUUUCACACCAAAAGCUGAACCGCUAUCUGCGCUAAAUCCAUUGAUUCUGCGUCAACAUAUGGAGCAGCAACGGUGCGUUAGCAACAGCGAUCGAUCAAAGGAACAAUUGUUGGAGAAACCACAGCAUCAGAAUUUUUCGUUCACCAAUCACAACGAUAGGGAUGAGGAUCAUAAAAUUUUAAACGAUAAUAUCAUUAAAGGUGGACCGCUAAUUCCGCGAGGAGUUGAUAACGGUAUCCGAUGCAAUCAGCUCUCCCAAAUGCAGUUUGUACAGCAUCUACUGAGCAAAAAACAAUUUGCACCAUCACUAGCAGCUCGAACACCAUCAAAUCUGUCAUCAGUUAUUGCUGAGAGAAAAAAAGCUGUACCGGAUGAUUGCUUAAAGAUGAUACGACGUAAAGGUAUAUCGAAAAAUACUAUAGAAAAUAUUAAAAUUCCAGUACCACAAGCAACCAAAUGCGACCCAAGUCUGUGCUUCUGUGUUUCAAAGCUAUCCCUAAUUGCUUCAUUUUCUUGCCUUUUUACCCCUCUUUAAAA